CAUCCUACCUGCCUGUUUCUGCCUUCGCUGCGUAGUUUGCCAAGCAAGCAACGCGCCCGUCGGUGAGAAGCGAGGAGGCGGAGGUUUCUUCGCUCCCCCCACCCUCCACCAUAGAGUCUACCGUCGCCGCACAUCGCGGAGAGUGUGAGGAUCUCCCGUGUGUUGAUUUAAGUAGCAAGAUGGACUGGACUGGGAAACACAAUGGUCCAAAUGAUACAUCUAGUGAUGGAACAGUACGACUUCGUGGACUGCCAUUUGGUUGCAGCAAAGAGGAGAUUGUUCAGUUCUUUCAAGGGUUGGAAAUCGUGCCAAAUGGGAUAACAUUGACGCUGGACUACCAGGGGAGAAGCACAGGGGAGGCCUUCGUGCAGUUUGCUUCAAAGGAGAUAGCAGAAAAUGCUCUGGGGAAACACAAGGAAAGAAUAGGGCACAGGUAUAUUGAAAUCUUCAAAAGUAGUAAGAGUGAAAUCAGAGGAUUCUAUGACCCACCAAGAAGAAUGAUGGGACAGCAACGACCGGGACCAUAUGAUAGACCAAUAGGAGGAAGAGGGGGUUAUUAUGGAGCUGGGCGUGGAAGUAUGUAUGACAGAAUGCGUCGAGGAGGUGGUGGAUAUGACGGUGGAUAUGGUGGCUUUGAUGAUUAUGGUGGAUAUAAUAAUUAUGGCUAUGGAAAUGAUGGCUAUGACGACAGAAUGAGAGAUGGGAGAGGUAUGGGAGGACAUGGCUAUAGUGGAGCUGGAGAUGCAAGUUCAGGUUUCCAUGGUGGUCAUUUUGUUCAUAUGAGAGGAUUGCCUUUUCGAGCUACAGAAAAUGAUAUUGCUAAUUUUUUCUCACCACUGAAUCCUAUAAGAGUUCACAUUGAUAUUGGGGCAGAUGGAAGAGCAACAGGAGAAGCAGAUGUGGAGUUUGUAACACAUGAAGAUGCAGUGGCUGCCAUGUCUAAGGAUAAAAAUAACAUGCAACAUCGAUAUAUUGAACUGUUUCUGAAUUCAACUGCUGGAGGAGGCUCGGGAAUGGGAGGCUAUGGCAGAGAUGGAAUGGAUCAAGGAGGUUAUGGCUCUGUUGGCAGAAUGGGAAUGGGUAGCAAUUACAGUGGAGGAUAUGGUACUCCUGAUGGCUUGGGUGGAUAUGGUCGUGGCAGUGGAAAUAGUGGUGGAUACUAUGGGCAAGGCAGUAUGGGCGGAGGUGGAUGGCGUGGAAUGUACUGAAGAGUGACCUUGCUUCUACAGAAUAUCCUGGAAGAAACAGUAUCUGGUCUACUAGACUUUCUUACAAAAUUUAAUUUCUUUUGUAUUUUAAGAACUUUAUAAUGACUGAAGGAAUGUGUUUUCACAAUAUUAUUUGGUAAGCAACAGAUUGUGAUGGGAAAAUCUGUUUUCUGUAGGUUUUAUUUGUUGCAUACUCUGACUUUAAAUAAAUUUUUUAUAUUCAAA